AUGACCUCCCCCAAGGCCCAGCUUGCGCCCGCAACCACAUCGAGGGGGCCAUUGGCAACGGUCCGAAUGAACCCUCGAGAGGAGUCCAACGACACUGAGCUGGGCAGAAGACUGCAUAAAUUGAACAGAGUGUACGGGUUCCAUACCCAUCCUAAACAACCCCGGCCGAACUGGAGCGGUACCCGUUCCAGCGGCCCAGUAACUAGUCCAUGGGUGCAAAAGUUAGAUGCUCUGCUUGAGUUUUCGUUGAAGGAGGUCGACGACUCCUUUCACCUUCUUGGGCAGGUCGUAAAGAAGCGAGGGAUACCUAAGGACCGGAAGCCUGGUGUCGAUGUCAGAGUCGAGUUAGAGAAAGCUUACGAGUCCAUCUUGGACGAGAAGCUGGCAGAGUUCCGGGACAGAGACGAAUCGGUCGUCGGUCUGUUUGGCAUUGGCUCCGGCGAUUGUCCCAAGGAGGAACCAAAGACUUGGCCAUGCAAUGAGAGGUAUGAAGCGCAGAAGGUUACCCAGGAUUUCGCGACAUUGAAUCUCGGGUCUAACCGGAACAGGGAGGAUAUCGUCUUCAAGGGGCGAGGGAAGAAUAGAUGCGAAGAGGUAAUCUCGAUGGAGUCACUGGCGGCAUCCAGAGAACGAAAGAACACGAACAUGGUACAGGACAUGCCGCGCGAGGGGUCUAGCCAGCGACGGAGACAGCGAAAAAUCCUGUCACCGAUGGAAAUGAUCACGGGGGGGGAACAGCGCUCUCCCGAGCGGCCAAGGAAUCGGAAAAGCCAGUACGAGCUGGCAAAACCGAAAAAAAUGCAGCGGGCCGGACUAGCUCAACACAGGUAUGAGAUGGAGGUGGCGGGGAAUGAACAAGAAGCUCCGCGCUGGGGGUGGGAGAAACGUGAAGAGGAGGAAGGAGAAGGAUAUAAGCAUCGCCCGCGACAGACGAUACGGAAGGAGGAACGAGAGCGGCUACGGCAAGAGGAGCAGGAAAGGAGGUUCGGCGGGACACGAGCUCUGUUGCCCCGUCGAUUGGUAGGGGAGGACCUGGGAGACCCGCGUCAGGGGGUACAAGAACCAUCGUGGAGGAAGAGGGACAGGCAACCGGAACCGCCGUUUCAUACCGUUCAAAGGCCGGCUCAGCUUGUAGCUGGUUACGAGGACAAUGACACUGAGUCGGACUCGGAUGACACCUUCCACUCAGCGAGUUCGUCAGUGGCCGAACCCAAGUGGGAGCGCAAAGCUGUGUCCACAGAACUCGAAGAUGAAUACGGCGUAUCUAGCAUCAGAGUUUCUAGCUCAAAGGACCAUGAAAGGCGCCCGAUAUUGCUCGGCCAGAGGCGAAGAAAGGAGAUACGCGUACCUGUCAAACCGGUACAUGGGAGUGGCUACUCGCAUGCUUCGGGUAGUUAUGGUGACCCAUUCCACCACUCACUCAGUGCCGCCAGUAGCUCGGCACCAAGCUCGUUUGUGUCGAGCGUUUUUACGAGGUCCAUCACGGCAGGGAGCUUCUCUUCUCCGAAAAAUAGUACUUUUCAGACGGAUAUAACCGGUGACGACAGCUUCCGCGACGGCAAGGAAAAGCCGAUCCUAUAUCGUAGUGACACCGAUCAGUACGAUCCACAGGGCCAUAGAACUGAUAAUGCGACGGAAGACGACCGGACAGAUGUCGACGAACCCGAGGAAGACGAAUGUUUCUAUCCGCAGGAAAUGAUUAUACCAAGGCCUCAAGCGCGAACGUCGCGUAGGAAGCAGAAGUCUGCAGCACUUCGGCAGGCGGAAAGCUUUAAGCACACGCCCUUAUCCCCUGUUCCGCAAUCCGUCGUAGCUUCGGAAACCGGCGAACGAGAAGAGCGGGAAAGGGCCGAGCUGGUUGGGUUCUUUGACGAGAAGCCAUUGGGGCCGGAAUUGCUACGGGCUGCGGAGGAGACUGGAAACGUUCAUUGGGACUUCGCAGCACAACAUGAGGCAGAACAAUCCCCUGAUGGAGUGAGUGAUAAGGGUGGUAGUUGGCCUGAGGCAUCUCGGCAGGUGAUUCCUGGUACCCCGCAACGACCCAGUCCAGGUCCGAGUGAGCAAAGCUAUGAAGGGGGUAAAGUUUGUGGGGAGGGUCCAGGCGGGGGAGGAGCGAUAGAUGAUGAAGAUCCCGAGUUCAGGGUGGAUGCUGCUUUUGAGGCGGAGAUGUUGAGACGGGAGGAGGCACUGAACCAAGGGAGUGCAAACGAGCCGUUGAGGGAUAUCGAGCAUCCCCUACACACCCUGCCUUUCCAUGUCCAAUAUGAGGCGGCUCGAGUAGCUUUGAGUAAUGGCGUAUUCCCCACCAACAGUGAUGUUUCCGAUAGCAUCCAUAACUACUGCGAUGAUUUGUUCGCAGCAAAGACUUACGCUGAGGUAUUGGGGAUCAUGAAACAGUACUGCCCCGGGGCCGCUAUGUUGGAAAAGAGCGCGGAGUCGGCUUGGAGGGGGUACAAGGGUCGAACAGGCUGGACAGACAAGCUGUACAUGACAGGCAGGGUCUCGUUAAAGGAUCCGAAGGCACGAAAGCUGGAGGAUAUUGCUUUUGAUAUCCAGUUAAACCCUCUGGGUAGAUCCACUGGAAAUCGAUUCUUCAACCGAUUUGGGUCAGAUAGGUUCUUGACCCUACGUCUGCCGGAUUUGACCAGCCGUGGGCAGAACGGCUCAACCCCCGGAGGUAUGGUGGCGCAGAGGGUUGAAGACUGGCUUGUCAAUGAGGAGAUUGAGCUGGCCAAUCGGAAGUGGAGGUGCUUCUACGCGAAGGAGGGAAAGUCAAGAAAGCGGUCCCUGGAAGACGAGAAGGCCUUCAUCAAUGAAACCUUUGUGCAGGCUGUCCUGUUCGCAACGUCGGGUGUGGGUAUCGGGGAUGAUAGGGAUGAGAUGGCUAGGCUAGGGUUCCGUGGGCUGGAUAGAAAAAUUAGACGGGAGAUGAGUGUGGAGGACUUGCUCAAGUGGCAUAUUCCUCUGGAAGGGAAUGAAGAUGUCACCGUCCCCAAGUUCUGGUCCAGGAUAAGCCUGGGAUUCUCGACUGCGGUGCCCUCCUUUAAAUUUGAACCCUCCCAGGUUGAGAUAGUGCGGGAUAUGAAGUCUACAACUGGCGAGGUUAUGAAUGACGGGUGCUCCGUCGUGUCGCCAAAGGUCAUGCAGGAGAUACGCAGAAUUCUUGACCUGCAUGAGACUCCCACGGCAGUCCAAGCGCGUCUUGGCGGAGCGAAAGGGGUCUGGAUGAUUGACCCUAGCAUUGACUGGAGCUCAGAUGAAAUUUUCAUCAAAGUAACCGACUCACAAUUGAAGUACAGCGGUUACGCAGACGACCAAGACUGGGCGAGGAUGACCCUGGACAUCCUCCACAUUUCUCACGAGCCUAGACCCGCCACCAUCAACAUCCAGUUGAUUCCUAUCCUUGAGAAUCGUGGUGUGCCCUUCCAGGCGUUGAAAGAAUUGACAGAGGAGCAUUUGGAAGAGGACUUGGACGAGCUGUUCCAGGUGAUCGAUAAACCAGUUGAGCUUAGGAAAUGGAUCUACAACCGCGGAAGCGUAGGGAGAGCGAGGAUAUCAUUUAAUGGUAUCCAGGUCACUGGAAGCAUGCCCUCCACAAAGCAUGAGAUGGCGAUUCUACUGCUCGAGAGCGGCUUCCUCGUCCGUUCUUGCAGGGUUCUUAUGGACCAUGUGAGGGUAAUGAUAGACCAAUAUUGCGAGGAAUUGAAGGAAAAACUUCAUAUUAGGAUCCCGCAUUCCACGACCCUCCUUUGUGUCGCGGAUCCUACCGGAACCCUUAGGGAGGGGGAAGUCUCGCUAAGAUUUUCGAACGGCUUCCUCGAUCCAAAGACGUUGAGGCGGACUCAGGUCAUUACCGGCGACAUAUUGGUCGCGCGCAACCCCGCGCACAUUCCCUCCGACAUUCAGAAGGUGAAAGCCGUAGAUAUCCAACCCUACCAUUCUCUAGCGCUCCGGGAACUGCAGGAUGUGAUUGUUUUUUCCACUCAAGGAGAUCAAAGUCUGGCCUCGCUUUUGUCAGGAGGUGAUUACGAUGGAGAUAAGCCCUGGGUGUGCUGGGAGGAACGCCUGGUAAAACCGUUCACCAAUAGUCCCACCACGUAUGUUGAAGUUGAUGCGAUGGUGGCCCCUUGGUUCAACAAAUCGCAAACGAGGGUCUCCGGGCUGAAUCCUAGCCAACCCGGCUUCUUUGAGCGGUUCCUACAGAUAGGUCUGCGAAGCUCAUUCAAUGACAACUUCCUUGGACAGUGCACCUCUAUCUGGGAAAAGCGCUGCUACGAGAAGAACGACAUCGCCGACCUCGAAGCGCUCAAGCUGGCGAAACUAUGUUCACUACUUGUUGACGCACCGAAGCAGGGCAUGAGCCUUAGGCCCGGGAAGGUCGACGAGAUAAGGAGAAAAUUUUCUGGGGCACCCAUACCAGCGUACAAGGAAAAAGGUUCGAGAGUUCGUGCGGGGGCCACUCAUAUAGUCGACCGGCUGUUCCAAGUCGCCGACGCAAAAGUGAAUGAGAAGCAGCAGGCAUUCCACGACGACAUCGGCAAAUCUGAGGGCCAGCGCGAUGGUGACAUUGUGGAAUUGUUCGUGCGGGAACACGAGUUUGCUCAAAAGGACGAGACGAGUCCAUUGUGGAUCACGCUGCGGCACUUGACGAAGGAAUUGACGCUGCUAAGGCAGGACUGGGCCGACUGGAUCCGCAACAAGCGUGGUGGGCCGGAUGAAUUCAGGGCUGGAGUGCCCAACUUUCUCCAGCGUUAUCGGGACAUCAUGCCGCCCGCGGAGCAGGCCCGGGAUCCGGUUGUCGCAAGGUGGAUUAGGGAGGGUGGCGCGAGUUUCACGCCCUGGGCUAUACUGAGGGCCUCCGCAGCCUACUCGGGUUGGGGAGGGGAGAGGGGGCUGGUCUGGUACAUGGCUGGCAUCGAGAUUUGCUGGAUUAAGUGCCAGAAGGUGUCCAUGAGGGAUUCGGAGCUGGGGCCUAGGACGAUGCUCGAUAGCAUGUAUGCCCCAUUGGUUACCUCGACGAAGUUUAUGAGUGCGAUGAGGGACAAGGUUGAUGGGGAUGUCGAGGUGGUGGAUAUGGAGGACGAGGUUGACGGCUGGGGAUAG